ACAGAGAGACAGAGAGCUCGGGGGAAGCAGGACUCACUCCGCCAUCUUCACACUCACACAGAGAAAGGGGAGAGAAAAGCGUGCAGGUCUUGAUUUAUUGAGAAAGGAGGUGGCAGCCUGUAUGCCCGGUCUCCACAGAGCCGUACAAGGGGACAGAGCACUUGGAGUUGAGGAGACUGAAAAGUACCUGGCAUUGUAUGCUCAAGGCUGCACCAAGAGAAGUGCCCAUCACUUGGCCAUACCCAAGUGCCCAAGAAGAAAAAUUGGAUUCAUAGUUUUCUAAAAUUUUAUCAUCAAUUAUUGUAAUUGUGUGUGUUUACGAUUUUUUUAUUUGAGUUUUUCGUAUUUUUCUAAAAGAAGAAACGAAGUAAGGCUGAGCAAUUGACUGGACACAGUCUGGGUACCCGAGCUGUCAGCGCGCGCUGACCAUCGCGUUCUGAUUCUUCUUUUUCUCUCACGAGGUGGAGGGACACUUGCCGGUGUUUGAUCUCAACUGUCACUCACAACAACCGUCAAUCAUCCAAGGAUAUUUCCCCCACGUCUGAUCUCUUUCUUUAUUCUACUUGGACAGAUCUCACUUCUCUCACACACCUUUUGCCAAUGGUGUGAGUAGCCUAAAGAGAGAAGGUGAAAUAGAAUUGAAGGUAGGCUAUAGCCAGGCUACCCACGGUCUUGUCACACACACACACACACACACAGGGGCAGAGUGGACCGACGAGACAAAACGCAAAAGACAUUUUCGCAUCUCCAAACGAGGGGACCACUAGCCUACAGCACGACGCCCGACCUACCACUCUCCCCGGCCGGCGGUCCGAGCGCAGGAGCCUCGGUCUUGUGGAGGUCCCGUGAAAAGUUGAGUGCCGAGCAGGAGGAGGCAAUAGGAGGGAAGCGAGCCCAUCCUUCAGAGUGCUGGUCUCCGGGCAAUGCCAGUGUAAAUGCCAGGGCAAUGUCCCGUCGCAAGCAGGGGAACCCACAGCACGUGUCACAGAGGGAAUUAAUAGCACCGGCGGAGGCUGACCAUGUGGAUGGCGGACUUUCCGUGUCUGACUCCCUCACCCAACCUCACCCCCACCCUCAACCUCACCCUCACCUUCAAUCUCACCCCCAUCCCCACCCCCUGUUGUCCCACCCGGCCCUGCUGGACCCCAGCCUAUCCGACAGCCUUGCCAUGGGGCUGGGGGACCACGACCUGCUCACCUGUGGCCAGUGUCAGAUGAACUUCCCCCUGGGAGACAUCCUGCUCUUCAUCGAGCACAAGAAGAAGCAGUGCCAGGCCCUACUGCAAGGUCCUGGCUGCUACGACAAGAUGGCCGCCGACCGCAGCAGCCCCUCCCCGCCCCACCAGCAGCAGCAGAACCAGGGUCGCCACGGUCACAGCCAGCUGAGGAAAGUGGUGGAACCGGUGGAAAUCGGAAUCCAGGUGACACCGGAGGAGGAAGAGGAUGAGAGGCUGAUGGUGACGCCCACCAAAGGAAUUUGCCCCAAGCAGGAGAGUGCCCUGGCAGGAGGAAGGGAUGAGCCUUCAAGCUACAUCUGCACCACGUGUAAGCAGCACUUCCCCAGCGCCUGGUUCCUUCUACAGCACGCCCAGAACACCCACGGCAUCCGCAUCUACCUGGAAUCCAACCCCUCCAGCGCAUCGCUCACCCCCCCGCAUCACCAUCCCGGCCCCCCCAUGGGCCAGGACUCCAUCCCCCAGUCUCCCCUCACCAAUUUCCUGGGAGAGAGCAACCCCUUCCACCUACUGAGGAUGACCGGGCCCAUGCUCCGAGAGCCCCCUCCAGGCUUCAUGGAGAACCGCGGAGGCCUCCCCAACACACCUCCCUUCGUCAGCCCCCCACCCCGCCACCACCUGGACCCCCACCGGCUGGAACGCCUUAGUGCCGAAGAAAUGGGGCUCAUCUCCCAGCACCCCAGUGCCUUCGAGAGGGUGAUGCGGCUGACGCCGAUGGCCAUCGAAUCCCAGUCCAUGGACUUCUCCAGGCGGCUCCGGCAGCUGGCAGGGAACAACAACGUGGCCACCCCUCCUCUGUCGCCCAGCCGGGUCAACCCCAUGCACCGCCUGCUCAACCCCAACCCCUUCCAGCCCAGCCCAAAGUCUCCCUUUCUCAGCACCCCGCCCCUGCCGCCCAUGCCCCCCAACAGCACCACCCCGCCCCAGACGCAGGCCAAGAGCAAGUCAUGCGAGUUCUGUGGGAAGACCUUCAAGUUCCAGAGUAACCUGGUGGUCCACCGGCGGAGCCACACCGGGGAGAAGCCCUAUAAGUGUCAGCUGUGUGACCAUGCCUGCUCCCAGGCCAGCAAGCUGAAGAGACACAUGAAAACACACAUGCAUAAGUCUGGUUCCAUGACAGGACGGUCUGACGACGGGCUCUCCACCACCAGUUCACCGGAGCCGGGCACCAGCGACGUGACAGGAGAGGGCAUGAAGAACCGAGAUGGAGACUUCAGGGGUGAGGGCGAAGAGGAGGAAGAGGAGGAGGAGGAAGAGGAGCCGGAGAACGAGAGCAGGCCGGAGUCAAACUUCAGCAUGGACAACAUGGAGUUCUACCGUAACCGUGAGAACGGCUCCAAGCCGCCAUCAGACGAGAAGAAUGCCCUCUCUCUGGGCAAGAUGGUGGAGAGCGUGGGCCUGAGCACUAUACAGCAGUACAAUAACUUGAUAGUCGACAAUCGUAAAAAUCGGAUGCUCUUCUCCAAGAGGGGGUCCGACGGGCAGCGGGACACUGGGGAUGAGGACUCUGUGGUGGGAGAGAUGGAGAGGGAGCACCAUCACCACCAGAUGGAAAGGGACCACCAGAAGCCCACGGUCAACGGCAGGAACUGUGGCUCCGGCGACUCUUUCUCAGGCCUGUUCCCCCGCAAACCCACUCCCAUCACCAGCCCCUGCUUGUCCAACUCCUCCAACAAGAGGAUCAAGAUCGAGAAGGACCUGGAAAUGCCCCCGGCGCCCCUCAUCCCCUCCGAGAACGUCUACUCCCAGUGGCUGGUGGGAUACGCUGCCUCACGACAUUUCAUCAAAGACCCUUUCCUGGGCUUUACCCACUCCAGACAAUCUCCCUUUGGCACCUCCUCUGAGCACUCGUCUGAGAACGGCAGCCUGCGUUUCUCCACGCCUCCCGGGGACCUCCUGGAUGGCGGCCUGUCGGGGCGCAGCGGCACAGCCAGCGGGGGCAGCACUCCUCACUUGGGGGGCCCGGGACCUGGCCGGCCCAGCUCCAAGGAGAGCCGACGGAGCGACACCUGCGAGUACUGCGGCAAGGUGUUCAAGAACUGCAGCAACCUGACAGUGCACCGACGCAGCCACACGGGAGAGAGGCCCUACAAGUGCGAGCUGUGCAACUACGCCUGCGCCCAGAGCUCCAAGCUCACCCGCCACAUGAAGACCCACGGGCAGAUGGGGCUCCCUGUGAUGUGUAGUUGAACGCAUUCUGAGAGAAGUAGCAACUCUGACACACACAGAAUGCACAGCUGAGUGAGCUUUUUAGGAAAGAUUUUUCGGUCUUCAGCAAGCACCAACCUUUGCCCAAAUCACCACUCUCUGUUAUUUUGAAUAAUGUACCCCCGUCCUACCCCCCUGUUCCGAUCUCCCUCAAGUUGACCUUUGACAUCCAAGUAUUUUUUAUUUUUUUAUUUUUUAGAAUUGAGGUAAAAAUAUGUCAUUGAGAAGAAAUAGAAAAACAUGAACAGCUCUUUGCAGAUGACCCGCACUUUAUGAUUUGUCUAUUAUUAUUUUUUUUACACACAAAAAAAAGAAAAAGAAAAUUGAAAAUACGGCUUCUGAGCAAGAAAUUACUUUGACUGGAUUUAUUCGGCCUGGGUAACGGGUUCUAGAGUUUGGAAUCAGUUGAGAUUGAAGUGCUAGCAUUGCUAUAGGCGUGGCUUUCCCAAUGCUGGCACUAUAAAAAUGAGAAAUUAAUUUAUUGGGACAGUUUUUGUACUGCCAUUCAAUUUGACAUGAGUGUGCCUUGAAUACUGAUCUUCCUAUUCACCGUCUCUCAAGACAAAUGCAACACUUUUGUGAAGCAAAGGAAUUGAACAUAAUGAAAACAAUGUAUCAAAUUUAUGCGUCAACUUAGUUUCUAAUUUGAUUAUGAAAUGUCAAUAGAAUAUCAGAGAUUACUUAAAAAACAAAAAAAUUAAACAAAGCUGCAUUUAGGUUAGGAGUACUCAGCACAACAUUGGUGUGUCUGUGUGUGUAUAUAUGUAUGCAUAUGUACAUAUAAAGGCACAAACCUAUAUAUAGAUAUAUAUCAAAUUCUUCACUUCAGGACAAGACUGCGUCCCUAGAUAGAAACAUGGUCAGAGUGGAUUGUUAUACCACACAAUAGUCAAGGAAGAGACUGGACAAAAAAAUCAGGAACUGCAGAAACAAAACAAAAAAUAAUUUAGUGCACUCUGUCUUAAAAUACGUUUACAGUAUUGAAACAAGUACAAGGGUCAAAUAAUAAUUGUGUGUAUGUGUGUUUUUAAAAAAAGUAUUUUUUUUUCCCAAGUUUGCUUAUACCGUUUCUCUGAAUGCCAUAGUGGCGAUGUGUAUAUUGUUUUUUUUUGGUGACGGGGUUUUAGUAUAUAUAAAUAUACUGUAUAUGAAUAUAUAUUACAUUUUUCUUGUUUACUGUAAAAGUAUACCAGUAUUUGUAAUAUUGGAGAAUGCCUGGGCAUUUUACAAAAAUAUAAAAAAAUGUUGUUUUAAAUUUUUUAUUUUGCAGUCCAAUUUAAAUUGUGGGUCUCUUAAAAUGUUUUUGUCACUGUACCUGUAAAAGUCUUAAGUUUUAGUAACUUUUAUUCUGCCUUGGGUGUAAUAAUAAUAAUUUUAAAAAAUGAAUAAAAAAAAGUGAACUGUAACAAACUUGGAUGGGGGGGGGCAGCUGAUGGACGUUCUGGAAGUUUCCCUUGUAGAAACUAUGGAACAUUGUUAUUGCUUUGCAGGAAAAUACUGACAUUCCUGAUCUGUAUCUAUUGAUCUUCUCCUGGAAUGGAUAUUCUUCAUGGCUGGUUUGAAAUACAUGUGUAGGCACUUGCUGUCGUUCUACAGAAGCUUGUAUUUUUUAACUUGUAUGUGCAUCCUUUGUGAAAAGGGGUACUUUAAGUACCUGUAUGUCAUUAUCUUAUUUGGGGGAGGGGGACAACAUUGCAACUUCAAGAUACAACUCACAGGCUGCCACGAUAUAUUUUCUUUCAUUUGGCAGGAUAAAAUAGUGCAAAAAAACCCCUGAUGAAUUUGUAUUGUUGAAAUGAAUCUUAUUGUACAGAAGUGAAAUAAAAGGUUGUUUGACAUCCUUUUAGCGACAAAAAUACACAAGUAGAUGUUUUUGUUUACUAUUGUAUUGGUUGUACAUAUUGUUCUAUGAUUACCCUGACAUGUUUUGUUUUCAUUUUUUUUUAUUUCAUUCUUAUUAUAGUUUGUGUUCCAACUGGCACUGGCAGUGACCUCCCCUCUUUGCGGUCAUCUUAGCUACCCUUUGACCCUUGACCUUUGUGACCUGUGUGUCAGUUGUACAGGCACCUGACCUGCCUCCCCACAGGUUUCUCAGCAUGAGAAGAAUAGAGCACAAAUACAAACUGUUACAAUU